AUGCGUCCAAGCAAUAAAUUGUUACUGGUGGCGCUUUUCAAUUUUCUUCCAGUAAUCUCAAGAGCGCAACAAAGUGAAGAUUUUUCGCCCGAUGAAGAACUGCAAACGUUGAAUGAGUUCGAAAAGCAGCUCAAUGUGGAUGCAAUCAAUAGUGACAUUCAGAAGGAAAUUAACGACCGUUACGGGGCGAAGAAUAUCCUCAAUCAGUAUGACUUUGUGAUAGUGGGUGCCAGUCCGUCUGGCUGUGUGCUGGCCAAUCGGCUGUCGGAAAAUCCGGACUGGAAGGUUUUGCUGCUGGAAGCUGGGGAUCGGGAAAAUCUGUUUGUGAAAAUUCCGGUUUUCGCAGCAUAUUUGCAGUCCACCAGCUACAACUGGGGAUAUUUGGCCGAACGGCAGAUGUAUUCCUGCUGGGGAAUGACCGAUCAAAGGUGCCCCCUACCGCGAGGCAAAGGAUUAGGUGGAUCGACGCUCAUUAACUAUAUGAUGUACAUCAGAGGAAAUCGGAACGAUUACGAACGUUGGGCUGAAGCUGGCAAUCCCGGUUGGUCCUACGAAGAAGUGCUGCCAUAUUUUAAAAAGUCGGAGAAAUCUUACCUCAAUAUCAAUAGCACCUAUCAUGGAACGAAAGGUCCUGUGGACGUACGAUAUGCGGCAUUUCGGACGGAAAUGGCGAAGAUUUAUGUGAAAAGCCUGCUGGAGCUUGGUUUCCCAAUGGUAGAUUACGAUGGCGAAAGUCAGUUGGGUGUAUCUUAUUUGCAUACGAACACGAGAGAUGGCCAGAGAUUGUCUGCCAGCACUGCCUAUCUGGAUCCCGUCAGCCAGAGGAGCAACUUACAUAUUUUGACAAAUUCCAGAGUGACCAAAAUUCUAAUAGAUCCCAAGACAAAAACAGCAUACGGAGUCGAGUUUGUACGUGAUAAGAAGCGAUACGCGGUUUUAGCCAAAAAAGAAGUUCUGCUCACGGCAGGUGGUCUGCAGACGCCUCAGUUGCUUAUGCUUUCUGGAGUUGGACCGCGAAGCCAUUUGAAUGAAAUAGGAAUACAGGUUAUUCAAGAUUUGCCCGUGGGAAGAAGCCUAUAUGAUCAUCUUUAUUUCACCGGACUGACGUUCGUAACUGAUACCAAAGAUUAUACUUUGCAUACCGAUCGGUUGUUGACUGUCCCUAAUCUGGCGAGAUAUUUUCAAGGAAAUGGCACAUUAACAAUUCCCGGAGGAUGUGAAGCGAUCGGUUUCAUUAAUACCGACAACUCCAGUAGCAGCGCAGUCCCAAAUAUAGAAUUAAUUUUUGUAAGCGGUACCCCAGCCUCCGACCAAGGCAGCGGAGUUAAAAAUGCUCUACGCCUCAAAGAAAAUACCUAUAGAAUCUACCACUCACUCGAGUCCGGUCAAACAGACGCCUUUAGCGUCAAUAUCGUACUUCUUCAUCCAAAGUCGAAAGGUUACAUCGAACUUAAAUCAGACAACCCAUUCCAGUGGCCCAGGUUCGUGACAAAUUAUUUGAAGGAAGACGAAGAUGUAGAAACAAUGUUAAAAGGAAUUAAACGAGCAAUCGAAAUUCUACAAACUCCAGCAAUGAAAAACUGUGGUGCUAAGCUUCAUAAAGUUCCCAUUCCAUUCUGUUCGAAAUUCGCACACGGAUCCGAUGACUACUGGAGAUGCGCCCUCCGAACAACAGCCACUUCAAUGUACCAUCAAACGGGGACUAGCAGAAUGGGUCCUGCCUCAGAUCCAGAGGCAGUCGUUUCACCAGAACUUCUUGUUCACGGUAUCAAAAAUCUGCGAGUUGCCGACGUUGGGGUCAUCCCGGUCACCUUCAGUGGCCAUCCAGGAGCCAUCGCCUAUAUGAUAGGGGAAAACCUUGCCGAUUUGAUCAAAUCCCGUUGGCAGACGAGCUGA